CCGACCGCCGUCCGCCAGUCGCGCCCGUACCGCCGCCCGCUACACGUCGCACGCGCUAGUGACAAAGUUUGUGAAAACGAUUUGAUAUAAACAUUGUGUCUGUGUGUCGGGAUUGUUGUCUGUUCUCUUGGAUUUGCCGGUGAAACCAGACAGCAAACAUCAGCAAGUCACAAAAGAUUACCAACAAUGACAUAGGAGCAACAACAAUGGCGCUGCGACUUAAAAAGGACAUAAAGAAGGCGUCGUACUACGUAUGGUUCCUGGGGGCGCAGGAGUCGCGCGGGCUGCGGGGGGAGGAGUACGCGCUGCCCGCCAUUGCCGUGCUCGAGGAGCGGGCGAGGGACCUCGAGCCGUUUAAGGUUACGCUGCAGGUGUCCCACAAGGGUCUGAAGAUAGUCCAGAAUGUGACGGCAAAGGGCAAGCAGCAGACAAUCAAGCACUUCAUCCCCCAUGGCAGCAUAACCAGCGCAGUGGUGCAGGGAGACGUGGUGGCGUGUGUGCUGCUACUGUAUAACCCCAUCACAGGAUGUCCAGUACACGUGCACGCGUACAGAUGUGACUCCGACCACACAGCUGAGAUGUUGUACACGCACCUUCUGGCACUGAUAGAGCGGCCAGAGAACCAGAAGAAGUUCGCAGACAUAGAGCGGAAACUCCAGAUGAGAGGGGCUCUACCUUCCUCCAAGAAACCCCCAGACUCCUCCCUGGGCUCCGAGAUCUCCAGAGAAUCAGACUCGGGCAGUAAUGAGGACAGAAAUGUUGCCAAUCUAUACGAUAGCCUCGCUGCCGAGCUCAAACAGAAACUGUCUACAGGUAAAAAGGGUAUAGGAAAAGGUGAUUUUGCAGGGAAGAGUCCGAUUCUGCUGCCUCCUCGUGACUAUGACACGGUCCACCGGCAGAAGGGGAACCUGAGUAACAUCGACACCCGGCGCUGCCUCAACCAGAACAUCGUUGGCAUCAAUGCCAGGCGCAAGCUGGAGUCGUCCGGCGGCAGCUCUGGCAUCGGCAGCGACCUGGCACCCUCGCCGGAGAGGAACGAGUACCCGAGACAACACGACAACCAUAGCACUAGUGAGGAAGACUGGGCGGAGAGCACCGCGUACCUGAUGCACGAGGGCUUCGACGUGUCCCCCCCGCGCCGCGCCGCCUCCCCGCCCCGCGCCUCCCCGCCGCGCCGCGCCCUCUCCCCGCACUCCCCCCGCAACUACAACAUGGCUGCCGACUUCCCCGACGACUACGCCGCGCAGUUCCGCGACCAGCUCGCGCCCUUCCGCGAGCAGACGUUCGAGAGGCGCUUCCGACACGAGUCCCUCGAGCGCGGCAAGGAUAAGGCCGACAAGUACUCCGACGACGGACCCAACUACGUCCGGAGGUUCGUCCCCGACACCAAGCACUCCAACCGGAGCAUAGACCGAGCCGAGGAGAGGCGGUUCGGCAAGCUGCAGCGCGGGGCCAGCGAAGGCAGCCUCCAGAUUACGGACACGUCGCCCAAGGAGCGCUUCAACGUCGCCAAGGAGAAGUUCCGGAACCUUGAGCGGGAGAGGUUCAACAGGGAGCUCCAGGCACACAUGGCGAUGCGGCGGAGCAUGCUCGAGAGGAACGGUCGCUCCACAUCUUCCCCCGAGGAAGAAAGACGAGACGAGCGACCCGACAGGCAGAGGGAUAUGAGCACCCGCAGGGAAAACGAGCGCUCGCUCCGGGAGUUCGAGCGCGCACACAGGGAACCCGAGCGAUCGCUCAGGGAACCCGAGCGUUCGCUCAGGGAACCGGAACGUCCGCUCAGGGAACCGGAGCGCUCCCACAGGGAACCGGAGCGUCCGCACAGGGAGCCCGAGCGCCGAAAGGAGGACCGAGUGCGCGAUUUGGGUGUCCCGGAUCUGGCUCACAGGGAAAUAGAGCGGCUGCCUCGCGUCGGACGGAAACGCGACGACGUGAAGCGAUACGAGUACGGCUCCGAGGACUAUCUGAGCCGGAUCGAGCCGAAGCCGCACCGGGACGAGUUCGACCGCUACCGGGAGAGGCGGGAGCUUGACCGCCGCAUCGAGGAGGACGAGAUCGUGGAGCCGGUGAUUGACGAGCGGCGCCGGGACUGGUCGGACCGGCAGCGCGGAUUCAGCCGCUCGCGGCUGGUGGAGGAGCAGCGCCAGUCCUACGCCGAGGGCGACCGCUUCUACGAGCGCGACUUUCGUGAGUUCCGCGAGCUCGCCGACCGCCAGCAGGCCAAGUACCGCCACAGCUACGCCGAGCCCCUCCCGCGCACUCGCCUCGGCGCCGUCCGCCCCUACUGAAUGCCAUAUGGUCCGAGCCCCGAAGGACCUAGAUAAGUGUUUACUGUAUAAUAUAUACCCAAUAUACGAGAUAUAUCGAUAGGAUACGUUGUUAUACUUGUCUCAAAUACGCGAAUCAAAGAUGCCUGCUCAAUAUGAGUUUACAAAAAUAUUAUUUUUCUACUGUACUAAUGUAGUCAUGUACAAAACCUGAACACAUUUUAGGAGUAGUUUAUAAAAUAAACUUUAUAAUAGGGUCUUACUCAACCGACAUUACAAGCUGACAAUUUUGUAACAAAAUGACUUAAGAGUCCGGGUGCCAUCGCAAUUAUCAUA